GACACAUCGUUGACGUUUCUUUGGUUUUGAGCCUUUCGUCGUCUUGAUGUCAUUUUCGGAAGAAAAGAAACCUUUUUACAUAAUUUAAUGGCCUCCACUACUAUACUGUAAGACUAAAAGGGACCGCUAUUUUUACAAUUGCCAUAAUGCUACGACUUUAUCUACAAACUACUUGCCUGCAAGGAAGGUACUCACUUCAAAGUAACCUUCACAGGCAAAUAUUAUCAAAACUGAAAUGUAUGGGUAUUUACCAAAAUCAAUACUACCGGAGAUUUUCCAACGAUACUAAAGAAGAAGAGCAACUGGAACAAAUAUAUUACGGACCUCUGACGCCACAAAUUAAAGCAGUUAAAAUAUUCUCUCUGACAUCUAGUGUGGCUGGUCUAAUGGCGCAACCCAUCAUUGUUAAACAAGCAGCAACUAUAGGAAGUACAUCACUUCUUGUAGUGAUUUGUUCAAUGGUUGGUUUCUUUACUUUCAUCACCCCUUUGCUAUUGCACUUUAUCACCAAGAAGUAUGUUACAGAAAUGUGUUAUGAUCCAAAAACAUGUACAUAUAAGGCUACUACAAUAAAUUUCUUCCUUGCAGAAAAAGAGCUAGAAUUCACUUGUGAUGAUGUGAGUGUACCCGAAAUCCCUGGAAUGUUCACAACCUUUCAUGCAAAAGGCAAACCUUUGUUUGUGGAAGCGAGGCAUUUUAAUAAUCCACUUUACUAUGCAAAGCUCAUGGGUUAUGAUAAACCUAUGGAUUUCAAAUUGGGAGAAAUAGAAGAUUCUGAUAACAAUCAAAAGUAGUUAGUAGGCAAUUAAUUGUAACUGUUAUAUAGUAUUAAUAUAAAGAUUGUUCUAUUUGAAAC